AGCUUCCAAUUGCUGCUUCUUGCUGGAACCUAGCGGCCGACCCCUUGCUUUCUUCAUGGCUUGUGCUGCAGCAGUGGCGGCAGCAGAGGAAGAAAGCGAGAACCCUCCGGCAGCCGCCGGUGGAGCCGACCCGCUCGGGGAAACGGCGGUGAACGGAAGGGCGAGGGCACCAUUGGGCCCGUACUUCCUCGGCCGUCCACGCUUUCGUUUGAACGCCCCUCCGGUGCUGCUGACACCGAGGAUAUGCGGUGCAGCGACGACCGAGUUUCUAAUCCCGAUCCAAAUCCAAACCCCCCAUAUGAAACUCCUCUCCAGAUCCAUCUUAUUACUCCGCCCUCCUCGCCUUCCUCUUCUUUCUCUCACAUACCUCUCUUUUUCCCUCUUUCACACCAUCCCUGCAAUCCCCAACCCGACCCCGCCCCACCACCCUUUGAUCGAAUCCUUCUCCUACCUAUGCCUCCACGGUCCCCUCCCCGCUGCAAUGGCCGCCAUGGCCUCCCUCCAGGCCCAUGGCCUCCGCGCCGAUCCCAUCUCCUACUCCCAACUCAUUAAACUCUGCCUCAACCGUGGCUCUAUCGAUGAUGGCCGGCUUAUCCACCACCACCUAUCCUCUGAUGGGCAUUGCCCAAAAUUGUUCCUUUCCAACACGUUGGUGAGCAUGUACAUCAAAUUCGGCCUCCUGGAUGAAGCACGGAAGGUGUUCGAUGAAAUGCCCGAGAGAAAUGUGGUAUCCUGGACUACCAUGAUUUCGGCGCUUACCAACCUCGAACGAAAGGAGGAAGCUUUGAUGCUCUUAGUCGAGAUGCAGAGAUAUGGAAUUAGACCUAACAUGUACACCUUCUCGUCAAUCCUAAGAGCCUGCAUGGCACUGAGAACCCUCUGGUCGAUCCACUGUUGUAUAAUUAAGUUUGGGUUGGAGUCGGAUGUCUUUGUUAGGAGUUCUCUUAUCGAUAUCUACUCAAAGUUUGGAGAUUUGGAGCAUGGGUAUAGAGUUUUUAGUGAAAUGGUCACGGGAGACUUGAUUGUAUGGAAUUCGAUCAUUGGGGGCUUCGCUCAGGGUGGGGAUGGCUACAAGGCUAUAGAUCUCUUUAUGCGGAUGAAGAGGGCUAGUUUUUUGGCAAACCAGGGGACUUUGACUAGUGUUUUGAGAGCUUGCACUGGAAUGGUGCUGUUGGAGAUGGGGAAGCAAGUCCAUGUACAUGUGCUCAAGUAUGAGCGGGACUUGAUUCUUGACAAUGCUCUACUUGAUAUGUAUUGCAAAUGUGGGAGCUUAGAAGAGGCAGAUGCCUUGUUUCAGAGGAUGCCGGAAAGGGAUGUGAUCUCGUGGAGCACAAUGAUCUCAGGCUUGGCUCAGAAUGGGAGAAGUGCAGAUUCAUUGAGACUAUUUGAAUCAAUGAAAGUCAUUGGGCCAAAACCAAACUAUAUUACCAUUGUGGGUGUUCUGUUUGCUUGUAGUCAUGCAGGUCUUGUUGAAAAAGGGUGGUACUAUUUUAGGUCGAUGGAGAAACUCUUCGGUAUAGAGCCUGGAAGGGAGCACUAUGGUUGCAUGGUUGAUCUUCUUGGGAGGGCAGGGAAGCUUGAGGAAGCUGUGAAGUUUAUUCACGAGAUGAAUUUCAAACCAGAUUCGGUUAUAUGGAGAACUCUUCUUGGUGCUUGUCGAGUUCAUCGAAAUGUGAACUUGGCAGCAUAUGCAGCAAAGGAGAUUCUCAAAUUGGAACCAGGUGAUGAGGGAACUUACAUACUCUUGUCUAACAUUUAUGCAGACUCACGCCAAUGGAGUGAUGUCGAACAAGUGAGGAAAGCCAUGAGAGACCGAGGGGUGAGGAAAGAGCCAGGUCGCAGCUGGCUUGAAGUUGGUAAAAAGAUCCAUGUCUUCAUUGUAGGAGACACGUCACAUCUGAAAAUGGAUUGUAUCGUAAAAGAGCUGAACCGAUUGGUCGGUAGAAUAACUCACUUGGGAUAUGUUCCCAACACAGACUUUGUAUUGCAUGAUCUAGGACGAGAGCAAAAAGAAGAGUCACUUCGGUAUCACAGUGAGAAGCUGGCUGUUGCAUUUGGGGUAAUGAACUCAACAAAAGGAAAGCCCAUAAGGAUCAUGAAGAAUCUGAGGAUCUGCGGUGAUUGCCACACCUUUGCGAAGCUUGUUGCUAAGAGUGAAGGCAAGACCAUUGUAAUACGGGAUCCAGUUCGCUUCCACCAUUUUCAGGAUGGAGUUUGUUCAUGUGGAGAUUACUGGUAACAUUGCCAAAGGAAGAAAGACACAGCACAGAAGAGGUGAAGCUAGUGAGGUCUUAUCCUGCUUUGCUUACAUGAUACCAUAGAGCUCUUCCUACAUGCUGCCAUGAAUAUGUGGUUAGCCUUGCUGAGUUGAUCAAUUAUGAUGGUCAGUCCAAAGCGAUGAUGGAAUUUCAAGAGUUUGCAUAUUGGAAGAAGUCAGGAUAUGGUGUGAAUUUAUCCAGCUUAAUGUUUUAAGGCAAUUAUCACAUCCUUUAAAUUCACACAGCAAGGUUAUAGAAUAUAGCAAAGCCAAAUAAAAGGGAAUGCAAACUUGGUUGAAUAAAAGUGUGAUAAAUACAUGAAAUAGGAUAUUAGAAGUAUUAAAUUUUGUGUUAUUUAAUUUAUAUUCGUUUGAAUUUGAUGCUUCGUAAUCGCUUUUGCAGGUAAUUGGUAGAUUGGGUCCAUUCAAGUUAAUUCAAACUGAUUUAGACCCAAGUAUAAUGGCUAAAAGCAACCACAUCAAGGGGAGGAAGAUCAUCUAAGAGCUUAGAAGUAAUGUUCCAAUCAAUGGCUACGAUUCAUGGUGUCACUCCAAAGAAACCCAAGCCCCCUCAUCAUGCCAAGAGGUCCAGGAGCCCUCUCUCUGUCACUAACACGUGGAAUUGGGCCCAAGUAAACCAAAACCCAUGCGCCAAAAGCCAAAAGAGGUCCACAAGCCAGCAUGAGGUCUACAAGAGGGAGAGUUUGAAGUUUAUGGGGGGCCCAUGGUGUAUUUAAUGCACAAGAAAGAGAAAAGAAUGGUUGGGCGUUGCUGGCUUGGCUUGUGCAGGAGGCACGAUUUGAAUUCACGCGGACUGGACGCAGGCGUGAGCGAUCUGAUGUGGGCGAGGUCACGCGGGUUCAGGGCAUGCGCGCAGAUUGACAGCGGACUGGAAGCCUGGGAUGCGACAAAGUAGAAGAUUUUAGAGUUCUAAAAGAAAACAAAUUUCUAUCCUCUUCCAUUAGUCCCACAUGGAAAAAAUACAAAAAACUAAACAAUCAGUGCUUACUCUUAUGGACUUGAGUUUCAACUUUGGACUACCCAAAACAUGCGUAACUAUAACCAGCACCAUCUAAAUUAAAGUACUUAUUGGAGGUAACACAGAAUGAUGAGAUUGUUUAUUUUCUUAGCUUAAGAUGUCUUGUUUGAGUGAUGCUAGUCUUUUCACUAAUCUAUAUAUAUGCCUGGUUCAAUCUUUACAUACUAAUGAUACUAAUGAUAACAUCUAGUUAUGGGGGUUUAACCUUCAUUUCUUAACAUUUUUCCUUCCUGAGUUUCAAAUUCCUCUUUCAGAGUAAUUUUUUUGACUGUGUCACUGUUUCCUCUCUUCUGCUUUUUAAUGUUUGGUUUUGGAUUUUGUCAGGGUUUUCUAUUCAUGACUUUAUGCUCUUUAAAUGCAUGAUUGGAGUUGCAUGAUUACAAGGACACACAAGAAAGGUGAUGUGAGUCGGAAAAAGGAUAUUGAGAAAGCAUUGCAUGGGGCAGAUUGUGUUUUUCACCUUGCUUCGUAUGG